UCCAUCAGAAACGCAUGUAUACACACACACACACACACACACACACGCGGGGUGAGCAUCACUCCUGACAGUGUUAGCGGUCAUCUCCAGUGUGUUUGUGUGUGAUUUAAAGUGGUGAUGUUGCGCUGUGUUUUGUUGAACACUGUGCGAGCCGGAAGUGCUGUUCAUGUGAGGAAUUCUCCGCCGUGUUUCUGUCACAUCGCUGUGAGAAAGUUCGCGAAUGUCCCAAACCCAACCGGAGAAGAAGAUGAGGUCCAGUUCGGGGAUUAUUCUAGAACUUUCUCCUCCAGGAUGAUUUUCCGGAAGACGUCCGCGGAGCAGCAGGACGCGAAACAUAUAGACGCGGAAGUGGAGCAGGACGAACCGGACCACUUCCGGUUUAGAACCAAGCACCGGAAGAGUAACACACCGUACUGGUAUUUACUGCAGUGCAAGAAGCUGCUCAAGAAAGAUAAAUUAUCUGAGGCAUUAGCGCUGUUUGAAGUUGACAUGCUGAAAGGGGAGCGAUUGCAGCCAGAGGAGUAUAACUACACGGUGCUGAUUGGGGGAUGUGGACGAGCCGGAUAUAUCAAAAAAGCCUUUAAACUUUACAAUGAUAUGAAGAAGCGCGGGUUAGAGCCCUCGGGCGCGGCCUACACGGCUCUGUUCAACGCCUGCGCCGAGUCACCGUGGAAGCAGUCGGGUCUGGAGCAGGCGCUGAAACUGCGUCAGGAACUGCGCAGGAAAAACAUCCCUCUCAAUGCCAUUACCCAUCAUGCACUGCUCAAAACGGUGGCGCGGGCCGGAGACCUGAAGGCUUGUUUUCAAGUGCUGCGGGAGAUGCUACAAAGCGGACAGGCCAUCACACAAGAGACAUUUCAGUACUUGCUGAUGUGCUGCGUGGAGGACAAGGAGCAGGGCUUCAGACUCGCGCUACAGGUGUGGCACCAGAUGCUAACAGCUGGAAUAAAACCAGACGUCCAGAACUAUAACAUCCUUCUGCGCGCCGCGAGGGAUUGUGGGAUCGGUGAUCCUGCCCUGGCUUCUAAAUUACUCCUGAGGGAUCAGGAGGAGUCCGAACUCCCAGCUCAGAGAAGAGGUCAGAGGUCGAGGCUGAGAGAGGGGGCGUGUCCUCAUGAGCCUUUAGACGUGGAUGCGUUCGAGCGGCGCGUGCUGACCGACACGGCGUCUGAUCUCACACGGCCGACUCUGGACUCGACAGAAACUCAUCCGAUUCCUGCUUCCUCGUCAUCUUGCCUGUCGCCGUCGCUACAGUCGGCGCCUCCGUCGCCGUCAGUCCCAAACCUGCUGGACCCGAGCACCUGUCACUCGGAUGUGGUCGCCUUGGCGACAGCGAGCAACGCGUCCGAUAGGCUGGCGCUGAUCGGAGACCUCGACGGCUUCCUGAGUAAAAUGUCCGACGAGGGAUUGAAGCCCACCGUCAAGACUCUCACGCUGUUGGCUGACGUCACGGAGCCCAGCAGCCAAUCAGUACACAGCCUGAUCCAGGUGGCCAAUCAGGGCGGAGUCAAGCUGGACGUGGGUUUCUUUAAUACGCUGAUCAGGAGAGCUGCUAAAGUGGGAGACGUGGAGGGAGCCAAGGCUGCGAAGGCGCUGAUGCUGGAGAGGAAGUUGCGUGUAAAUGCUCGGACGUUCUGCAGCAUGGCUCUGACCUGUCGCACGCAGAAAGACGGACUCCAGCUCCUCGCCGACAUGGAGACGUGCGGCGUGACGGCGAACGCUCACGUGUUCAGCGCUCUGAUUGGUCAGGCCACGCGGCGUUUGGACUACGCCUGGCUGCACGAGCUGCUGCUUCAAAUGCACCAGAUGCAGGUUUCGCCCAACGACGUCAUCAUCAAGCAGCUGGAGUUCGCCGCGCAGUAUCCUCCCACCUACGACCAGUACAAGUCGAAGAACACGUACUUGGACAAGAUCAACGGUUUCCGUGGUUUCUAUAAGCAGUGGCUGGAGUUCAUGCCUGCACAGGAGACGCCACACCCAUGGGAGAAAUAUCACCAACCCGAGACCGAGAUCGAGCCGGAUGGAGUGGAGUCUGGACGUGGGAGCGAUAAACCGCGUCAGCUGAGCUGAUUCACUAAAUGUGAAAUAAAUAAAUAGUUUUCACAG